AUGAGGCCCUAUUCAAUUGACGGUGCCAUGGCUGAGGCCCUUAAUCACCUCAACCUUAUCUCUUGCCAUUUCCGUGUGCAUGGACAACACCACGUCGCCAACGAGAUCGGAAAGCUUAGCAUUAUGAUUGUGAACAAGUUCUCUGAGGGAGUUGAGCAUCUUACUCCCGAGGAAUAUGUCCUGGCCCCUGAGCAGGAUAGUGCCACUCAGGAAUCUGCAAGCACCCAGCUCUCCUCUCACAUCGAUAGCCAGAAGCCAAAUGGCUCAACUUACUUGUGCGACACCGAGAAGGAGAACAAUGGCUAUGUGGAUGGGACCAGAAAGAUGCCCGAAGGACGUCAUCUACAUACUGGAAGCUGGGCCCAGGUCGCCGGCUCGAUCUCUACUGGUCGUAGCCAUGCCCCAAAUGAGGUGCAGUGUAUGUCACCUAUGUCUCUGGCGUUGGGCUCCGUGUCCAAGCCAAGCCAGAGCAGUGACGAUGGCACUGAAGGGCGUGAGUCAGGAAAUGCCGGAGUCGCGCUCCCUGCAUCUGUCUCUCCCGACAUCCCCGACGCUAAAGCCGGAGUCAUCCGUGUCUAUGGAAAGAUUACUCGGGACUUCAUCCAGUAUAUCACUACCCGCAUCCACGAAGGACCCUUGCAGGACAUCCGCGUGGAGACUAAUGGAAGGACUAAGGUGACCUUCCAGCACGCAGCCCAGGCGCUUGCCUUCUUGAACUCUAAUCAGGAUAUGGAGCGCAUGCUGGGCUAUGGACGUCUUGGAGAAGGCUACCGCGUCGAGCUGGCCGAGAUUAUCGACUGGAAUGAAGACCAUCGUCGGAUGAACCAACCCAUCCGGGAGCGUCGCCGCCUCUCUUUUGCGAGGAAGAGACUCUUUGCCGAAGGCAUGUCUCCCGAUAAAUGGAAGCAAGACAUUCGUGCUCUGGCUGGACCAGGAAACAUUGAUUUCCUCUGGGUGUUCAAUUCUGGUAACGCGACUGCCGUGUUCACGAGCACCGUCGUUGCUCGCCGUGUGCUCGAGGUCUUCGAGGAUUGGAAGAACGGCCGAAACGUCUACAGUGGCGUUUCGGUGACUUACUCCUCGGACCCUUGCGAGAAAGAAUUGGUGCUGGUUCGCGAGACCAACCGCCCUGGCAUGGCCAGGAACUUUAUCAAACGGACCCUGCGUUGACUCAGGCGGUUUGCCUGCAGAUGGCACAUGCCACGCAAAGGAUAACACAUCCAUUG